AAUACAAGUCUCCGCCGCCGCCGCCGGUUCACCCAUCACCUCCCCCAUAUAAGUACACAUCUCCCCCUCCUCCUCACUACCUCUAAGCCAAAUAAGGGGUGGAAGAAAAUUGAAGGGAGUAUGAAGAGAAAGUGAUAGUGGUUAAUUAAGAUGAAUCAUCAAAAAAUGUGAAACAUGCAGUUCACCUUUUUUGUUUGUGAAGGUGGAGACAGUAUUUGCAUGAAGAAGAUGAUCUAAGUUAUAAGUUGGUUUUGUAUGGUAUUUUGUAUUUUUGCAUUUUCCUACUAGUUUAUGCAUGAUAAUAUGUGUGUGAUAAAAAAAAAUAUAUUAUUGGUAAUAAUAUAUAGUAGUAUUCCAUAUAAUAAUAGUGGUUGUAUGUGUCACAUGUUUUCUGAAAUUAUUGUAACAAUAUAUGAUGAUGAUGAUCUCAGAGGAAACAAAACAUUGCCGAUGAGAUCCAUGAAUAAAAUUGCCCCAUCUGUUUUUGUAGUUUAUUGAUUUAAUAAUAACUAGUGGGAGGAAUAAUGUCCAGUAAUGAUGGACAUUUACUUGAAUAAUGACUAAUUGAUAAUGAACAAAAGUCCUACAUUGAGAAAUAAAAACAUAUGGUCCUAGGAAAGUCAUUAUGUUUUAGUCCUAAGAUAAAUUUCUCUCAAAAGAUUAACUCUAUCUAUGGAAUGAACGCCAUAGCUGACCAAGUCCACUAUCCCCCCGUACUAAAAUAAACACUACUGGCUCAUUGGAAGCUGAAGAAGAUGAACAGUAAUGUGCCGUUAAUGGCCGCGGCUCUGUUGAUUAUUGGGUUAUUGGCAACGAAAACGGCGAAGGCGGCGACAACUCAAAUAGCUUUGCCCGGCUGCCCCGAGAAGUGCGGAGAUGUCGAGAUCCCCUACCCGUUCGGCGUCGGCGACGAGAAAUGUUUCUUGGACGCCGGAUUCAAACUCACCUGCGACGGAGAUUCGAAGCUCUGGACAACCCAGUUCCGGAACGAAGAAACCCCGACCACUCAAUCUCAAAUUUCCCGAAUCGACCCUGUGAAGGGGACGAUGGAGAUCUUGAUGCCAGUGUCCCGCCUCUGUUUCCACCCAAUAUGCAGAACGGUGGCCGAUAGGCAGCCUCUGCUGGGAGUGGAGCCGCCGACUUUCAGCGUCUCCGGCGACGAAAACAAGUUCUUCGCCGUCGGCUGCAACACGUACGCCAUUCUGUACGGCAGCGAAUUCAGCAACGGCUCUAUCAGUCCCAUGGACAGAGACGGGUACUGGACCGGGUGCACUACCAUAUGCGGCGACGAAAUCGCCGAUCACAUCACUGAAUGCUCCGGGAUCGGGUGCUGCAGUAUCACUGUUCCGGCGGGGAUGAGGAGAAUCCAAACACGCGCCCUCAGUUUCGGGGAACAGACGGGGGGCUAUAACAACAGCUGUAGCUACGGUUUUGUGGCCAAAAAUGGGUGGUUCAGAGCAAGGGCUAACGAUAAGAAUCUGCGUUUUAACUCGUCGGUUUUGGUCAUAGAUUGGGCGGUGGGGAAGGAGAACCAGACGUGUGGCAGCGAUCGUCGCAAUAUUUGCCACCGCCGCCGCAAGAAUACGGUGUGCGUCGACACCAAGACCAGAUCUGGGUACCGAUGUAGAUGCAGAGAUGGUUAUGAAGGAAAUCCAUACCUCCCUAGUGGUUGCCAAAGGAAGGGAGCUGAUGUGUGAUUAUUAUCAAUUGAUGUUUCAAUGUCAAGUUCCCACAUUGUUAACCGUGGAGACUCAUUCAUUUUUAGUGGCGAUUACUCUACUGUAAAGAACAUUAAUUUGAUUUUGGUGGUGAUUGCUCUGGUGUAAAGAACAUGAAUUUGAUUUUUAUGUCAUUGAUGAGGAGCUGGGAAAGAUGAUGAUGGAUUAUUCUCUUUGUUUUACUUCUUGUUGUAUUGAAUUAUAAUAUUAUAUCGUUGAUGUGUAGUAACGGUUUUGAUUUUAAAUAUCCAUUCUUUAAAAAAUAAAAGACACUUCAAUUU